AUGAGGUUUUUUAUAAUCAGAUCUGUAGGUGUAUUACAUCCCGCUUCGUCUUCUAUAGCCGUAAUUGCAUCAGUUUCCGUUCCUAUCACUGAACUAUUACCUGAACGUAGUUUGUUUAUUGAUUGGUGCUUUCAAAUGUCUUACGAUUUACCUCACUCUCUAUCAUCGUUCUACAACGUACCCAUAUGGCCAAGUAAACAAAACUCUAAACACCAGAAACGCGAAUCAAGUUUUCGCAAUCAAACCCUAUGGUCUCCUUGGGAGAAAUACAACAUGCUAACGUUUACAAAGCGACAUCCAAAUGACUUUACUGCUAACGAACUUUAUCAAGGUAUAGAGGAUAUAAUGAAAAGUUAUGGUUACCAUGAAAAUUGUUUACUACUAAGCAUUUGUGACUUGGCUCAACAUCCGUUCGCCGAUGAUGAUGUAAAUGUAUUGACAAAUAUUUUAACUUUUGUAUUGAGCCCAUCUCUACAUGGACGUCUUGAUCAUCCUAUGCAACUAAAUGUUGAACUGUACGAAGCUGCUGAAUUAAAUGGUCUCCUAGGUAGAAAUUGUCGAGAAAUUUAUUUUCAAUGCAAUUACAAUUUAUUUAAUUCCUUUACAAAAGUCAUAUUUAUGGAUUUAUAA